CCCAAGGCUAUACCACACAAGGACCACUACUGCCGAGUCAACUUUCUCCACCAGGCAUCCACAUUGCUCGUUAACCCGAAAAGUCCUUCCCUGAAGCAUGUAAAGUACGAGAUCUUGUCACGAGCGUAUUCACGAAGCAUGGAUCUAGUGGCAAAGAAGGUGGUGUUGAAGACCACGCCCCUAUUGAAGCGAUCGGGGUGCAAAAAGUGUCAUAGAAGACUAGUGGUUGGGAUCAGCGCAACUAUGGAAAUGGAGAACCUUUCCAAGAAGAAUAAUACAAAGAGUGAGGUGUUGUGUAUUACGUGUGUCGGUUGUGGCUGUGUGAAGCGGUUCCCCGUCGGCCUGAACCCCGCCUACGAGUUAUUCAGUGAGCGUGCUGAU